CAUGCGAUUGUAUAGGCGUAAAUCGACCGUGACAAUGACAGAAUUCAGUUGUCUGAGGCUAAAUAGUGCAUCAGCACGGAUACAGGCAACAAACUACCGGAGGCCAGUGGCCUGUAUCCACAAUAGCGUGAGAUCCCAGUGCAACACGCAGUAGCCCGCUUCGCGGCUUUCGCCAUUCCAACACAUGUAAAUUCCCUUACCCGUAUACAGCCCUGCACGCUGCAUUAUACCGGCGCUUUGAAUGAACACAAUUACCGCAGUGUUACCGCGCACAAUGGCACCGGAAUACAGAGCGAAGGGACCCAGUACCAGUGGAUCUAUGGCAAGGUGAAAUCAAAAGGAAAUAUACCAUCGGCCAGCAAUCUUACCCCGUGAUUAAAAGGAGAGGGGGAAAAAAGAUGGCGACAGUGAAUCCGAUCAGCCAGGAGGAGAGGUUUUUGACGGCUGUACGGGACGGGGAUGUUAGUUAUGUGGAGCAAGUGCUGGAGUCCAAGCACGAGACGGGCCUGGAAAUCAACCUGAGCGACCGCAACGGCAAAUCGGCGCUCACGCUGGCCGUGCUGCAGGGAAACCUUCUUAUUAUCAAAUUGCUCCUGACCCACGGUGCGCGACUAGGAGACGCCCUCUUGCGGGCGGUGGAUACCCAGUUCUUAGACGCUGUGCAGCUGAUAUGCAAACACUCGGAAUCGCUUGAGCCUGAGACGAGAAAAUCCGUCAUCGGUUGCCACCCGGAAAAUGACGACUUCCACCCCGACCUGACCCCGAUAGUGCUGGCUGCACAUCACAACAACUACAUGAUUCUUAAGACUCUACUUAAAUACGGCGCGACCAUCCCCGACCCGGACUCUUCGGAUUUCCAGCGCACGGAGAAGCACACCCUGCAGCGCUCGGUGGGCACGCUGAACGUCUACCGGGCCCUGUCUAGCGGCUACUACAUCUCCUUGACCGCCCACGACCCGAUAGGCCACGCCUUCACCUUGUCCAGCAAGCUGGGCGAGAUGAGUAACUUGGAGUACGAGUUCCGGGCCGAGUACACAGAGCUCUCCGAGUCGGUGGAGCAGUACGCCGCUGACAUUCUCGCCCAGGCCCGCGACUCGGAUGAGUUGACAAGCAUCUUGACCCACAACGAUAACGUGCAGCCCAGUGACGAGAACAAUGCCAAAGACACUGCGCUGUUCAAAGUCUUCCACGCGAUCAGUUGUGAACAGAAAAAGUUCGUGGCUCAUCCGCACUGCCAGCAGCUACUUAUCAAGCGGUUUUACGGGAAGAUGUCUUUCAUGAGGGACUGGUCUCUUUUCAAGCAGUUACUCCUGUCCCUGGUCAUUAUGUUGAUGUACCCCUUCACCUCGUUGCUCUACAUCUUCCUGGGCAGCGGCAAGGUCAUGGACUUCGUCAGCACACCGUACGUCAAGUUCCUGAUGGACAUUGCCUCCCGUAUGACCUUCCUCGUCUUCCUCCUCAUCACGACCAUUGUCCCACCCAGCGUGACCACUGAAGAGGUCAUCACGGGUCAAGGUGACCCCAACCAGUUCAGUCAGGUCCCACUCACGGUCAUCAUCUUGAUCUUGCUCUGGAUUGUAGGUAUGACAUGGGCGGAGAUCAAGGCCAUCUGGAAAGGGGGCGUAAGCAGCUACAUGAAGGACGGCGCCAAUGUACUGGACUUCGCCAUCCUGGCCCUGUUCUGGAGUUACAUGGUGCUCACCCUCAUCAGUUACUUCCAGAUUCAGAGAGACGCCGCAGCCAGAGCAGCAACCACCAGCUUCCCCGGCCUCAGCUCCGCCCCGCCCCUGCCCCCUGGCCAGCCUACACCCGGUGACACCACUGCCCCGACCUUCGUCCCGGCAACCGCCAACCUCUCGGAACUAAUCUCGCUGGCGGACAUCAAGCAGUAUAUCUCGGCCACCAUUCUGGACACGGAGGUGGCCGUGGACGGGGUGGUCCGGUCCGAGUUGGACCGGAUGCUGGACGUCCUGCUUGAGAACUUGACCUGCGGGGAGGAGGCGGCGACGCCGGCGCCGCCCCAGGACCCCGUGCUGGAGUUUGACCCGCUCCACCCGGCCUUGGUAGCCGACGCUGUCUUCGCCAUCGCUACCGUGGUCACCUUCUUGCGUCUCCUGAUCCUGACCGUCUCCAGCCAGCUUGUGGGACCCCUGCAGAUCUCCCUCGGCGGGAUGCUCUUCGACAUCGCCAAGUUCAUCAUGGUCUUCAUCAUCGUGUGGUUCGCCUUCUCGCUCGGACUGAACCAGAUCUACCAGGCCUAUCAGGAGAUCGAUUUUACCCUAUGCUUGGCCGAGGGCCUGGGCGACUGCAGACCUGGACCAUUCUACGACGUUGGUCAGUCCAUGCUGACCCUCUUCUGGUCUCUCUUCGGCCUGGAGAGUCUGGACAUUAUCAAGGUCAACCACGCCAAGCACGGCUUCACCGAGGCCGUGGGGACCAUACUCUUCGCCCUGUACAUGAUGUUCGCUGUGGUGGUCAUGCUCAAUGCUCUCAUCGCUAUGAUGAGCAACACCUACACGCGAGUCGAGGAGAACUCGGACACGGAGUGGAAGUUUGCCCGCGCCCGGAUGUGGGUGCACUUCCUCCACGUGGGCGGGACGGUGCCGCCCCCUUUUAAUGUCAUCCCGACCCGUACGGCCAUCACGCAGCUCUUUUCGAGCUGCUAUCGGCGCUGCUGCGUCACACGCCGCAACCAAAAUGGGAAAAAUAAAAUAGCAGAACACGCGUACAAGAAAAUUGCAAGACUGCUGGCGGAGCGAUACAUCUUAGAUCAUUCGUCCUCCAGUGGCGGUGAUGCGGAGAAUGCCGUGUCCAGGGCUGACGUCAUGGCCAUCCGGAACGACGUGGCCGUCUUCAGAUACGAAACCUUCAAGUCCCUGAACGCGGCUGACCAGUCGUUCGAUAACCUGCAGGACGUCCUUGCUAACAUCAAGCUGCAGCUGCAGAAGGUGGACGACAUCGGGGCCAAGACCGAGCAGUUGGACACCAGCGUGAAGGACCUGAAGGAACGGAACCGGGUCAUCCGGAGCACGGUAGAUGGCAUGGCUGCGUCCUUGCUACGAUCACGGGCCGGCCGCUCGCUGGUCGGUCAUUGAUCUAACAUCCCACCUCUAUCCAUGGCUCAUUGAUUUGUUUUGGUUUUAAUUGCUGGCAGUUGCGAAGUUAAUCAAACCAGUCCAGACAAACGUUGCUCCAUAUACUAAACACUAUAAUUACAACCCAUCAUCAACCAGCAAUUUGCUGAAUAAUCUGGAUAUUGGGGAAUAUGUCGCUCAUGUCUUGUGUACUUUUCGCUGUCUCAUGCGAGAUUAUCUUUAAGUCUAUUGGGGAAAAUCGUGACUAUUAACAGUUUGAAUCACUUUGACAAAAUGUAACAGACCAUGUGUUCUUCAAACCGAGAUGAAAUUUACACAAAAAGGCGACCCAGUUUGUCUGAUCUGACUUUUCAAAAACGUUGUAUCCGUCAACGAACUACACCGAACUCUAGUAAACCUCGUAUUUUGGAGAGAGUUUGAUACUAGUGAAGAAAAAAAUAGAUUGUAUCGGUGUCGUAUUGGUAUGCACUUCAUAUGUAAACUCCCUAGUAUGUACCUGGACGAUAGAGAGUUUAACUAUGUUAUAAGUCGGACGACUUUCAAAAUGUGGUCUACAGAAUAGGAAACCUUUUUCUCGUAAUUUACCUUUUGUACACAGACUAUCUUUUAGAAUGUAAUACAUUUACUUUUUCUUUUUUUUUUGUAUUAAUACUUAUAAAAAAUAUUUGAAGACACAAAUCUUUAAUGUGCUAAUUGUAAUGAACUCCAUUAAUUGUUCACACAAUUUGACUUACGUACCGUAAAAAUACUAGCCUAACCGUCAUUAGAAAUGGGGGGAAAUGAUUUAAUAAAAGAAACUAAAUUUUACGGAAGUUUCAUGACAUGCCAUAAUUUGUGUAUACAUGUAAUAUGAUGAGAAUCCGUUGAAGCUCAGUUUUGUUUUGGCUGUGGGUAUCUUAAAAAUUGGCACAGAUAAUUGUACAUAAUGAAAGUCUUUCCGAAAUAGUUGUCCAGUUUCUUUUUUAAGUAUAUUUAAAAGCCCCAUCGCAAGCCAAUUGAGCCAGGUUUUAGCGCCAUAAUCUCCGCUUCUAUAAUUCAUUCAAUGACGCCUUUUUGGUCGUGUUGUGAGUUUAGUGAAGAAUUUCAAUUACAUUUACUUCCUUAAAAAACAGUGUUUUAGUUUUGAGUUCAUCGCAAGUCCUUACAAGUCCAUCACGUGGUAGUCCCAGGUCAAGUCAUAAACCAUUCAACUGAACGAAGUCAAAAGAACGAAUGAAUGAAAGUUAUGAGCUAUCCAAAUGUAUUUUGUUCUUCCCUACUACUAAAUACUGGACUGGUAAUGGCCUUUUGAUAGAGUCGAUUGUAAUUUUUCGUCAUCAGAUGUAUCAUGUAAAUAACUAUGUUUCUUUAAAUUUGUACUAACAAACGAUUGCACGACUGUUCGUUUGUAAACAAACAAUAUGAAAUGUAAAAAAAAACAAAGAGUAAAACCUACAAGGACAGGUUGUUUUGUUCGGCAGCUUUUCAAUUAUCUGUGCCUCAAAAAUAUUUCGGCAGUGUGUGUCUACCAUUUAAGGUUAACAAUUUUAACUUGUUGAUUGCUUUUGAUAUUAAUGUUUGAGCAAACCAAAGGUAAAUGUGAAUAUUAUUUAAGUAUAAAAUGGUCUUUAAGUUCGUGUAUAGUCACUUAGAAUUAGAUUCUGUAGGAUAUCCUUGCAAGUAUGUUGAUUAACCUUGAACCAAAAUAACCGGAAUUUGUGUAUGAGCUCCGGAGAAGAAUUUUACACGAAAACCCUACCUGAUUGUAGAUAUCACCGGUGUGAUUGUGUAAUCAUGCAUCAAUAAGGAAAACACGAUUGACUUGAUCGUCAACAAUUGUAUUUCACCGGUCUGCAAUUAUUUUUUUUUCUGCAGCCAAGUUUAGUCAAUGACCAUAAUGCGUAUGCGUGAAUUCGUAAACGGAUGGUUUUCGGACUUAACUUUCCCAAAAUAAAAAUCCUCCGGAGCCAUUAAACAUGAAAAAAAGGUGAAUUUUAAUUCAUUGAUUAGUGUAGGCCUUGAUUAAAAACAAUUUGGGUCAUAAAAAUGUGAUCGCGUGAUAGUAUCCACGCAUGCGUAUUAAGGUAAAUAAACCUGACCAGAAUGCGGAAGAAAAAAAAUGCAACCGGUCUUACCAGCAAAAAAAGGCUUCAUGAUCACGUGAUGCUGUUGUAGUGCCUUUACGAACAAUUUAUAACAAAGUAUGACGCUUCUCUUUUAAUAUGUAUUUAUAGACUGGUAUUGGUAAAUGUGAUUUAAAUAGCUUUUUGUAAACUUGUUUGUUCAUUAGUAAACGAUUUCAAGCAUCAGUAAAAAGAGAUCCAGUAUUUAACGAAGGGUUGAAUGAUGUAGGACGCUUUUUUGUAUCUUUUAACAAGCAGUUUCUUUCGGUAUUAAGUCUUUCUUUUGUUGGUUAAUUAACAUGGAGCGUUGGUUUCGUGUGGGUGGCCACUCAAUUUCGUAAAUUACAUUUGAAGUGGGCAGCAGAACGAUUUUUAAGACUAAAAUUAUACCCCCUCUUGUUUUCAGUUUUCAAUUGGUAGAUUGAUGAUCAUUGUUCAGAAUUUAAGAGUUGAAUUGUAUUUUUUAAAACAAACAAUCUUGGUUAUAUUUUCUCUUGGUUUUGACAGCCGGCCAUAAUUUGUCUAUUAGUGGCUGGCAAAUGCAACGGUUGUAAAGCUAUACAAAAGGAGUUGUAUGUUAUCGGAUUGAAGCACUUAUGUAGAAAGUACUACAAACAGAAGAACAUUAAUUUGUCUUGACGGUACGGAAAUACAUCAUUUUCAUUAACAGUAAUCUUUGCAGUGCGAUUUUUGUAGCGAUGGGUUAGGCAUGGGUACACAUCCCUGCAUUCUAUUUUACUGUAUGAACAAAAAGUAACAAGCUAAAAAAAACCUCACUAGAUAUGGCUGCCGAAGGAAAGGGCUCUUUGCUUAUACGAAAAUACUAUGUUGGUGGCAUGCAUGUCUUAAAUGUCAUAAAGCAAACUAUAGGCUUUAUGCACAAGUCGGCCAUUUUAAAUUGCAAGCGAGGAAAAAUGCUCAAGUUUGGAACUGGCGAAUAGAAAUGAAAACAUUUACAUCCAUUUAAUUACACAUUAAUACCAGUCUGCUCUGAUGAAUAACUGAACAAUUGUGUGAUUAUACAUACCCUAAUGUUUUAAGCCACAUUUAAACAAGUGAGGCUUGAAACGCAUUAAUAGUCUGGCACCAUCCCAUUCAACGGUUCACAAUGUACAUUGUAUACGAUAGAUUCAGGGAACACGAUCCAAAAUGGCUUCCGAAUAAAGUCUGUGAAAUUCGAAUGCGCUUCGCUUGUGGUAGUACAGGUCAACCAUCACGAGCCAGUUUUUCCGAAGUCACGAGUCGAGCUGUUUGAACGACCUGAGACAAAGGCAUUCCUUUUUAUUUUUCAUCAUCCGUAAAUUUUGAUCCCUUCGUUUCUUAGAGCUGCCUCUUGUAUGACUCUUACUCGCACAGAGGACUUUCUUUCUUAGAAACUUGGAACUGUUAUACGGUUGGUGUACAGCGCGUCCCAAAAUACCCGCAACAUUUUUUGCGAGACUCUAGCGUCGCCGCGGAAACACGUAUUGCGAUUUUUUUUUUGAUAUCGUUUUAAAGCUUUGAAUCUUAACUUUAUCCCUGGUAAGUAUUGGUUUGAUCUUCAAAAGGCUUUGAAAUUAUUUGUGUACAAAUAGAAGCAUGUCAAAAACAAACUCAACCGAUUUCAAGGCAAAAUCAAUUAUGCACAUUUUUUUUCGAAUGUGGAAAUGCUUCAUCGUUUUGUGACGAUCUCGUUGCCUUUUACUUUCUGUGUUUCAUUGUCUUUUCGAUCCACGUAGACUACGCCUUAAAUAAAUUCACAAUAUUGUUGUUCGUUUCAAGUUCAAUGUGUUUUUAACAUAUAUCAGCAUUUUUUUGGGUUAUUUCAAUAGCAUCUGAUGUACCAUAUCGUCGAUUUUCCUUGAAAUCGUUUGAAUUUGUUCUCGACAUGCCUUUAUUUGAACACGAAUAACUUUUAACUCUUUUACAUAUCAAACCAACGCUCGCCAGGGAUAAGGUUAAGAUUCCAAGCUUUAAAAUGGUAUACAAAUAAUGGCGUUAUGUUUUUCCGCGUCGACGCUAGAACCUUGCGAAAAAAACAGGAAAAAAAACAGGUGCGGGUAUUUCGGGACGCGCUGUACACCAAGAUUGUUUAGCCGUCUUUUCCCUCGCUGCAUUUUCUGACUUUUUGCACUCUGCACUGACAUUUCUGCUUUUACUAAGUCUUUCUCCACAGAUUUUGAAUUGAAUUUCAAAAGAAGCUAAAUCCAAUCCGUGUGUUCCAGUGUUUAAGUACUUUUAUAUUUAGUAGAGUCUUGUGGCUCUCAGCGUAGUUUGAUUGUGCAGCACUCUUUCAGUGUUUUGCGAUAGGUAUACAUGCACUUUAUACAACAUAUCUUGGUAUUGUAGGUAGCACUCGCCUGCAGUGGUGUUCGCGUCGUUAACUGUAAAAUAACGUUCUUUGCAAGUUAUUAAAAUAAUAUUGAAACAGAUUUAUUUUUGAUACUAAUAGUCAUUGGGUUGAUUUAUCUGCAAGUGAGUCGGUAAAGGGUUUAAAGUAAUGGCUCCUGAAGUGUGGUAUUUCACCACUAACGUUGUUAUUUAUACACAGUGGAAGGACAUAUUUAAUAAAAUAAUGCAUCUUGUGGCGGCGCAAUAAUAAAUGAAAUUGUCUAAUAA